AUGGAUGAAGUGAGUAUCUAUCUAUCUAUCUAUCUAUCUAUCUAUCUAUCUAUUUCAAUCUGUUCAUAUCUAUCUAUUUCAAUCUGUUCAUAUCUAUCUAUUUCAGCCUGUUCAUAUCUAUCUAUCUAUCUAUCUAUCUAUCUAUCUAUCUAUCUAUCUAUCUAUCUAUCUAUCUAUUUCAAUCUGUUCAUAUCUAUCUAUUUCAAUCUGUUCAUAUCUAUCUAUUUCAGCCUGUUCAUAUCUAUCUAUCUAUCUAUCUAUCUAUCUAUCUAUCUAUCUAUCUAUCUAUCUAUCUAUCUCAGUUUCAAUCUCUAUACUAGAAAGAAGCCUGUUAACUCUUACCCUGAUAGUCAAUAUAAUUGUGUCCUUGAAAAUUCUGCCAUAUUCUUAAAGUCUCUAUAUCUGUCUGUUGCAGCCUCUGCAAUGCAUGCGGCUGAUGCCAAGCAAGGAGAGCAGUGCACCAGAGGAACAAAACAAUGCCAGUAUUCCCCAGCUGCUUAA